UCUGAGGAUGGUCCCCCCUCUCUCUUCACACACAGGCUUCCUGUUUCAUCUUCCUCUUUGCCCUCAGCCUCACACAUCUGGCCAGAGGGAGCCAUGGUGUUCAGGGAGUGACACAGCGUCCCAGCAGAACCUGGCUCUCUCCUGUCUCAUAAAUGCUGCAGCUGCUACUGCUGCUGCUGCCCCUGCUGUGGGAGGGGUCCCUGUCCCAGAUACUGGAGCUGCAGCCCUCGGUGACGGUGCAGGCAGGGAUGUGUGCCCAUGUCCUCUGCACCUUCCAUCGCUCAGGAGGAUUAUUCUCUUACCACUACGGAGUUCAUGGCUACUGGUUCAGAGAAGGGACUCAUGUUUUAUAUGGCAGACCCGUGGCUACCAAUGACCCAUCUCGGGAGGUGGAGGAUGAAGCUGAGGGGAGAUUCCAUCUCCUUGGGGAUCCCAGGAUGAACAAUUGUUCUCUAAGCAUCACAGAUGCCCGGUUCUCAGACACAGGGAAAUACUUCUUCCGAUUUCACUCUGGAUAUGAUAAAUACAGUUACCUCAAGAAUCUACUCUAUGUGAAUGUGACAGACUUGAUCCAGAAACCAGACAUCUCUAUUCCAGAGAUGGUAGAGUCAGGGCACCCAGUGACUCUGAACUGUACAUUUCUUUGGACUUGUGGGGAAAACAGGCCCUUCAAAUUCUCCUGGAGGGGGACUGCCCUCUCCUCCAAGACACAAAGCUCUUGGGCAUCCCACUCCUCAGAGGUCUCCUUCAUCCCUGGGCACCAGCAUCAUGGCACCAACCUCACCUGUCAGGUGACCCUUCCUGGAGGCCGUCUGAGCACAGAGAGAACCGUCCAACUCAACGUGUCCUACGCUGUGCAGAAUGUGGCCAUCACCACCGCCCAGGACAGCAGGACAACAGAGAUACAAUUGAGCUGGACUUUAGCCAAGUGUGGGAUAGAGAAUUCAUGUCAACCCUGUGGAGAAGAAGGAGAACUGUGGAUUGCUGCAGACCAGGACUGGGCAUGGGGAAGGAGGCAAGCUCCCUGGCCUGCAGCCUUCUCUGCCCAGGAGAACAGCUCUUGGCCCCUCAUGCUCACACUGCUCCGGGGAGCCCUCAUGGGGGCCGGCUUUCUGCUCACCUAUGGCCUCACCUGGCUCUAUUACACCCGGAAUCCUCUAGGGAGGGAGCAGCCACCAGCUCCAGAGGCUGCCCAGUGCUCUAUGCUGCUGCUGCUGCUGCUGCUGCUGCCCCUGCUCUGGGAGGGGUCCCUGUCCCAGACACUGCAGGGGCAGCUCUCAGUGACUUUGCAGGAGGAGAUGUGUGCCCAUGUUCUCUGCACCUUCAAUGAUAAUGCCCGCUUACGUGAUGACCGCAACUCAGUUUACGGGUAUUGGUUCAGAAAAGGGAUUCCACCUACUCAUGACAAGAUCGUGGCCACCAAUGACCCAGAUGAGAGGGUGAAGGGGCAAGACAAGGGGAGAUUCCAUCUCCUUGGGGAUCCCAAAAUGAACAAUUGCUCUCUCAGCAUCACAGAGGCCCAGUCCUCAGACACUGGGAAAUACUUCUUCAGUCUUCAUAAUGGAUAUUAUAAAUAUAUGAAAAAGCUACUCUACGUGAAUGUGACAGACUUGAUCCAGAAACCAGACAUCUCUAUUCCAGAGAUUGUAGAGUCAGGGCACCCAGUGACUCUGAACUGUACAUUUCUUUGGACUUGUGGGGAAAACAGGCCCUUCAAAUUCUCCUGGAGGGGGACUGCCCUCUUCUCCAAGACACAAAGCUCUUGGGCAUCCCACUCCUCAGAGGUCUCCUUCAUCCCUGGGCACCAGCAUCAUGGCACCAACCUCACCUGUCAGGUGACCCUUCCUGGAGGCCGUCUGAGCACAGAGAGAACCGUCCAACUCAACGUGUCCUAUGCUGUGCAGAAUAUGACUAUCACCACCGCCCAGGACAGCAGGACAACAGUUUUCAUCUCAGGAAACAGCUCAGAUCUUGUGGUGCAGGAGGGACAGUCCCUUCGCCUGCUCUGUGCUGCCAACAGCAAUCCCCCAGCCACACUGAGCUGGCUCCUGGGGGACCAAACCCUGGCCUCUUCCCAGCCUUCACAGAAUGGAGUCCUGCACCUGGAUCUGCCCCACCUAGGGCCAGCAGAUGGAGGGAAUUACAUCUGCCUUGCUCAGCAUCCUCUGGGCUCCAAGCAGGCCUCCCUAAAUGUCUCUGUGCAGUAUAGGCCCACGCCUUCUCAUGUAUUCCAAAAUGGUGUGAUCCUGGGUGCCCUCUGCGGAGCUAUUACAGCAAGUCUGCUAGCCCUCUGCCUCCUCCUUCUGUUUACCUUGUUAUACUUCUCUUGAGUCCUGUGUGUGAACGUCAAAUUUUCCAUUCAACUCUGUUCUUUUCAUCAGGAAUGCUUGAAACUCUUCUCUCUCAUUGUGUACAUUUUCCCCCAGAAAGAUUAUAGUCUGUUUUG